AAUACAUUGAAGAAAUCUCUUGGCAACUGUACGGUGGAGUUUGAAAAUUGAAAAGAACAGCUGUUUCGGUUGUGGCUUCGGGAUUUAAGCAACGGACCGCGUACUCGCUCGUCUCGUCGUCUUCAGCUUCUCUCCAGGGCAAAAGAUUGCCCCUUUAGUUUGCUGGGAGGGGCAGUAAUUAUCAAGAAGAGUUUAGUGAUGAACUUGUUUCUCCAAGCUGGAUAAUAUUUACCAUCGUCAUCGAUUUGAUCUUGUCCGGAGGUAUUGGUGCAGUGAUAUGGAAAUGAUCUAUGGGGAUGAAGUGUGCAGAGCUUUGAUACAUACAUGUAUCUGUUUCAAGUCUUCAGACUUAAACAGCACAAUCCUGGAUUCAACUCAGACUGCUAAUUUUAAAGAGAGGUAUGUUCUUGGCGAUCAGCUCGGUUGGGGAAGAUUCGGCAUCAUUAGGGAGUGCUCGGAUAAGCUGACCGGAGAGGUUUUGGCUUGCAAAUCGAUCUCCAAAGAGAGAUUAGUUACAGAGGAGGACGUGCGAAGUGUGAAGCGCGAGAUUGAGAUACUGACGAAGCUAUCGGGGCAUGAAAACGUCGUGGAUCUUAAGGCAGUGUACGAGGAUGAAGAUUACGUGCAUCUUUUAAUGGAGCUUUGCGCCGGCGGGGAGCUUUUUCAUUGGAUAGAGAAGCGCGGGAGAUUGUCCGAGCAGGAGGCACAUAUUAUCUUCAAACAGCUGAUGGAGGUCAUAAUGUAUUGUCAUGAUAAAGGCAUUGUGCAUAGAGAUUUGAAGCCCGAGAACAUACUCCUUGUGUCGAAGGCUUCGAUUUCGCCUAUCAAGCUGGCUGACUUCGGUCUUGCGACUCAUGUCGAACCGGGACAGAUGCUAAAGGGGACUGUGGGAAGUCCAUUUUACAUUGCUCCUGAAGUUUUGGCCGGAAACUACGAUCAGGCGGCGGAUGUUUGGAGCGCCGGAGUCAUACUAUAUAUCAUGCUCAGCGGAAUUCCUCCGUUCUGGGGGAAGACCAAAUCGGCGAUUUUUGAUGCAGUUCGCGCGGCGAAUCUGUGCUUCCACUCUGAUCUUUGGAGUUGCAUUUCAGAAUCAGCCAAGGACUUGAUUGCAGGAAUGCUGUCUUUUGACCGUUCGAAACGACUAACGGCUACUCAAGUCUUGGCUCAUCCGUGGACGAGGGAUACGGAACAUAGUAGUCAAGAACCGUGCAGGCAGUACGAUCUCCGGCAUCCACAGCUGGAUUUGAUGGAUGGCUGUUCCUUCUCUAACCUGAUUGCUGCUCGAGGAGAGGACUUGAGUUUUCACGAUGGAUCGCCUCUUGCUGUGAAUAGCAACCGAGAAAGUUCUCCUGUUUUCUCAUGUACAUCUUCGUUUUCAUCUGCUGUAGCAAAGAGCGCGCCUUCCUCGGUGCCGGAAUUCUCGUCUCCAAUCCCUUCAAUUCUAAGCUUCACAUUUUUUAGCCCCAUCCUAUCACUUGAAUCAAGUGGCAAAUCCUUGAGUUUCGAGACCAAAAUGUUGUCCAUUGAUGAUGAUGGAGAUCCAGGUAUAAGAAAGCUCAUACUUACCCCCGAGCCUGGUCGCCCCAUCGAGCACAAGUCGGAUGACAGGGCAGAAGUUCAUUCAAAAGCAUCAGCAAGCGUUUCAAAUGCCACGAUGAGCUUGCAGAGCAAGAGGAACCUCACAAUAGGGGUUGGCGAGCUCGACCAUUUGGAUGUCAUAGCUACGGCUGCAUCAGUUAGCCGUUGGGCAUCCCUAACGCAGAUUUCGAGCACAACCUCGCUGAGAUCCUCCCUUGUCUGCUAA